AUGCUUUCCUGUUGUUUAUGGAAAAGGCAAACAAACAAACAAUCAAUCAAUCAGAAAGACAUGCGUUCUCUAUAUAGUAAUUUGAGACUGAGAGACGAUUGGUUACUGCUAAUUGUUACUAUUUUCACUACUAUUGGGAAUGGAUUGGUUCCUGCCGCUACAUCUAUUUUGACUGGUAGGGUGUUUGGUCUACUUCAUUCUCUAAAUUCAAAUACAUAUGCCUCCAAGUCGGAUUUCAUCCAUGAAUUAACACUGAGAGCUUUCUCUAUUGCAGCUGUAGCGGCUUGUGUGAUACCCAUUUCAUGGAUUUCGCUUACGUGCUGGAUGUGUGUUGGCGAGAGGCAGGGGUUCCGGAUUAGAAAGUCGCUGGUACGGUUCUACUUCAACCGGAAUUUACAGUGGUAUGACAAAAACGAGACCUUAGAAGGCGAUUUCAUUCAGCUCAAUCGGUGCGUAGAAGAAGUUAGAGCUGGAUCAGCAGAAUCGUCUGCGAUAAUUUUUCAAAACGUCACGUCUAUCAUUGCGUUGAUCGUAACAUCAAUGUACUAUUCGUGGUCUUUAACGCUCAUUAUACUGUGCAGUACGCCAGUACUGGCCGUACUGGCUACUUUCUUCUCUUAUAACGUGGAAAAGUUUGCAAAGCUGGAGAAUGAGGCCUCUGCACAGGCAUCUUUGGUUCUAUCUUGGUCGUUGAACGCGUUCCAAAUGAUUAGACUUUUCAAUACUGCCCAUUUUGAAGAAACUAGGUUUGAAAGAUUGGCAUUGAAAUGCAACAAGUAUUUCAUCAAGUCGUGUUUGUUUUCUGCUCUGAAUGCGUCUACGUUAAGGUUCCUAACAUUAUGCAUGUUCGUUCAGGGUUUUUGGUUCGGAAAUACGCAAGUCAGAAAGGGAAAUCUAAAUGCAGGAGAUGUGAUUACAUGUUUCUCUUCUUGUCUGCAGCUUGGUUCGUGUUUAUCCAGUACCCUGCAACAGCUAGUUACAUUGCAAAAGGGUAAAGUGGCUAUGGAGAAGAUUCAAGGACAACUCUCUGAUCAAGAUGCUAUGAAAGAUGAUUCCUCAGCCUUGGGAUGGGAAAAAAGGGAGUCAAUAAUAUCUUCCACUUCCUCUUUAGGCUUGGCACCUUCCUUGUAUAAGGGAGAUAUUAAGGUCAGAAACGUUUCUUUCGCAUAUCCUACAAGACCCGAUGAUUACGUAUUAAAGGAUGUUUCGUUAGACAUAAAAGAAGGAAGUACUACGUUUAUUGUAGGCAGAUCAGGCUCAGGGAAAUCUACACUAGCCAACUUGUUACUUAAGAUGUAUAGUAACUAUUCCGGAAGCAUCGAAUUAGGAGGCUACAACUUGCAGGGGCUAGACGAUUCAUGGAUCUUGGAGCAGUUUACCCUAGUAGAGCAGAGAUGUACUCUUUUCAACCGUACUCUGAAAGAAAAUAUAACUAUUGUAGAUCGGAACGCUACUGAUGAAAUGGUUAAACAAGCUUGCCAGUUUGCACUGUUAUCCUCUUUGUUGAUUGAUUUACCAGAUGGUAUAGAUACAUUGUUGGGAAGGCAUGGGGUAACAUUGAGUGGCGGGCAGCAACAAAGAGUUGCUCUCGCCAGGUCCUAUAUCAGAAAUACACCUAUCCUAAUUCUUGAUGAAGCCAUGAGUGCCUUAGAUAUAUCAUCUAGGAAUCUAAUGAUAGAGGCUUUCCGUUAUUGGAGAAAGGGUAAAACUACUAUAAUUUUAACUCAUGAAUACAGUCAAAUAAGGGAUGACGAGUUUGUGUAUUUGAUGAGGGAGGGAAGAGUAAUUGAAAGUGGUUUGAAAAGCUCUUUGUUAGAAGAUCAGGAUUCAAACUUUUCUCAACUUUAUCACUUACAAGAUAAUGCAUUGGAGGAGUCUACCAUGGUUGAAAGCGUGGUGCCAUACUCCCCCGAUAAAACAAAGUACGACAUGGGAACAGUGUCAAGAUUUUCAAAGUUUUUUUUUGAUGGAGGUGUCGUAGAUACCCAAGCCCAAACAGAUAGCUUCACCAAAAGACUAGGUUUUAAAAAUGGCCAAGUAAGAGUUAAGCCCGACAGUAUUGAAAAGGCUUUGCAAAGUGAUAACAUAGAAGAUCUGGAAAGGCAAGAAAGGCCUCGGCCAAUGGCUUUGACAGCGAUUCUAAAAAAAAUGAAUAAGACAAUUCCACACCGAAGAUAUUUGGUAUUAGGGUUGUUCUUUUCUGUAAUUGCUGGGGUUGCAAAUCCAAUGUUCUCCUAUAUAUUCUCAAAACUCCUGACGGGAAUUGUUCCAAAGGGAACUGCGCACUCCAGUUCUUCAUAUUAUUUGAUGAAAUGGUCGGUCAUUGUCAUGAGUAUUGCAGCCAUUGAUGGUAUAUCAACUUUUCUCAAGGACUUCAUCCUAGGGUAUUGCAGUGAAAUAUGGAUUUUGAGACUAAGAAUUAUGGCAAUGCACAAAAUCACAAGGAAGCCAUUGAAUUGGUUCACUUUCUCUGUGAAUAAUUCAUCUGAAUUGAAUUCGCUUAUGAUGAACGAUCUAAGAGAUUUGAGGGGGCUUGCUUCUGAAUUUUUGAGUGCAAUAACAACCUUGAUAUGUGUUGCCGCAGUAGGACUCACAUGGGCUUUAAUAUCAGGCUGGAAGUUAUCUCUUGUUUGCUUUUCUUUGAUCCCUGUAUUCAUCUUAUUCUCAGGUAUUUACGGGUCGUUGUUGCAAAUGUAUGAAUCGGCUUACAAGACAGAAAUAGCUGAAUUGGAAACUAGAAUCCAUGAAGUUGUUACUUCGAUGAAGACGAUAAAAACCCUAUCACUACAACAACAAUUUGAAGACGAGAUUGUUACUCAACGAACUAAAGUCAAAAUUGUAUCCAAAAAGAGAUCUGUAGCGGUAGGUUUUGGGAUUGCAAUAACCAACGCACUUGCGUUAGUUGUUCAGGCUAUUCUAUACUACUAUGGAAUAAAGUUAGUAAUCAAUGGAGACUAUUCUGUCUCGAAAAUGUUCCAAACAUUUACACUGCUAUUAUUCUCCAUUAUGACAUGUGUUUCGUUGAUAAACCAAGUUCCUGAGAUUAGCAGAGGGCAAAGAGCAGCAACGUAUAUUUUCAAGGUUUUGGAAGAGUCGGAACAUGAUGAAACAUACAACCUUGUACAAUCAGGAAGACCAGCUUACUACUUAAAUCCGGUAUAUGGAAACACAGUUGAGGUAAAACACCUAUCAUUUGCUUAUCCAAACUCGCCUUCGCAAAAGGUGUUCAAAUCACUAAAUUUUCACGUUCAGACAAAUGAAACUGUAGGAAUUAUUGGUGAAUCUGGAUCAGGAAAAUCAACACUAGCUUUAUUAUUAACCCGACUUUAUCCUGUACCUAAUGGUAAGAUUAACAUCGGUAUUGAUGAUAUAAAUGACUGGGAUGAACACUCUUUAAGAAGGACAAUUGUAAUUGUGGAACAAAAGACAAAUUUCUUUGACGGCACUCUAAGGGAGAACUUAGUAUACGGUCUCAAGGCUCACGUUACUGAUUCAGAGCUUCUUUCAGUAUUGCAACUUGUGGAUCUUAAAAUGCUUGUAGAAAACUUACCUGAAUAUCUUGACACAAGAAUUCACACAGGACUUUUGUCCGGUGGUCAAGCUCAACGACUUUCCAUCGCUAGGGCAUUGUUACGCAAACCAAAGAUUAUCAUCUUGGAUGAGUGUACAUCUGCAUUAGAUGCGGCAAACUCUUUCGCCAUCGCAGAAGUUAUUAAGAGUGUAAUGAAGAACAUAACAGUAAUAAUCAUUACACAUUCCCAGCAAAUGAUGCAAAUAUGCGAUAGAUUGCUAGUCUUAAGAAAAGGUAAGAUAUGUGAAGAAGGUUCAUAUGCUGACCUUUAUAAUCGCAGAGGAGAGAUGUAUAGAAUAGUUGCUAGCGCCAGCAUGUGA